AUGGUCCAUUCCCGACUACUUUUGGGCCUUCUCGGCCUUUGCUUGGCUUUGCCGGAUGACUGCGAGGAGGGCGAAUGUGCCCUCUCCUUUCGUCAGUUGCGGGGCCAGAAGUUUGAGUCGGACAUCUCGGAGCAUGAAGGACUUGCGAUGGACGAGGACAAACCCGUCAAAGUGGUCGAAACGAUGACCGCGUCUCCAGAAACGGCCCCGGGGGCUGAGGAGACGGCGGACACUUUCAGCAAGCCUGAGGCGAAUGCCACGGAGGAAGCCAAGACAGAGGCACCGGUGGUACCAGAAACGACCCAGGGCUCUGAGGGAACGGAGGACAACUUCAGCAAGCCUUCUGACGUGAAUGCCACCAUCGAAACCAAGACGGAGGCGCCAGAGACGGCCCCAGGGUCUGAAACAACGGCGGACAACUUCAGCAAGCCGGUGGAUGCGAGCAACACCACCGAGACCACCGAGACCGUCGACACCAAACCCACGCCAGAGCCGGCUCCGGCAGUCCCCAAUGAGACGCACAUCAAGCUGCAAGCAGAGUGGGAGGAUAAGGUUGGGGGGGUUUGCUGCUACAGUGGUGCCAGUGUGGAUGACAUCUGCGGCACCUGCUUCCCUGCUGCCAUUGCAGACUUCGAAAGCAAGUGUGCUGCCGGCCGCUGGAAAUGCGACAGCUGCGGCGGCGCGUGGUGCGAGCCUAAGUGCGUCAUCAGCGCGCAAGACCCCAAGAACAUGUGCAACACGGCCUUCGACUCAGGCAUUGCGGAGAGCAACAGCACCUGCGGCAAGAGCCAUGCGGGUUGCAGCGCUUGCGGAGGCGAGUGGUGCCGCACAGGUGUCAAGAAGAUCGCCGGUGGUGCUGGCUCGGUCAACGAGAACAAUGGUGCGGCAAGCUCCGAAAAUGCAGUGGCAACGGGUGGCUUCUGCUGCUACCGGGGAGACACCUUCGCGAAGGACAUGUGCACAGCUUGCCUGGACGUCUCCCAGGACAUCAACUGUGCCAGCAAGUCCAAGUGCGGUACUUGCGGAGGCAAUUGGUGCGCAGGUCCCAGGUGUGUGACGGCCUACAGCGACAAGGCUGACCCUUGCCACUCCGCCUACGGACCGAGCAGCGUCGCGCAUGUGAACAACUAUUGCAGCAGCUCCGAGAACACAUGCAUCAACUGCGGUGGCGCUCCUCGGUUAAAGGUCGACUCCUCCAAGGCACCCUUGGUGCCGGCAUUCUCAUAG